GAUCUUCCGUUAAUAAUUCACAGUGCUGUGAGCACUGAGGGCAGAAUGUACUGUUUUCCUCCCUACAGUCAUUUCUCAAAACAAGCAUCCAAAGGUUUUCCAAACUAAAACCUGAAAAGCAUUUGUUUUUUACGAAAUGAAAAUGUGGUUCCGUCUGGGUAAAAUUUUUUCGCCUAUGAUUCUCUUGAUAGCUUAUCUACUCUCAUGUCAGGACACAGCAGCAGUGCACAGUGAGCUAACAGGAUUGCCUUCCCAGAGAUCAAAAAGACAAGCAGGGACACCUGUUCCUAUUGACUGUCAACUAAGCCAGUGGUCAGAAUGGACUGAGUGCUUUCCUUGUCAAGGCAAAAAGUACAGACACAGAACCUUGGUCCAGCCGGCCAAGUAUGCAGGGCGCAGGUGUACUGGCAGUCUUUGGGAUCAAAUGGACUGUGUGCCAAGUGGAACAUGUGCUGUGAGCCAAGACUGUGGAAAUGAUUUUCGGUGUGAAGAGAGUGGCCGUUGCAUUAAACGCCAUCUUGUAUGCAAUGGAGAAGCAGACUGUCGGGAUGAGUCUGAUGAGGUCAAUUGUGAAGAUGCUGAAAGUUCAUGCGAUCAACUGGACCCAAUCCCAGGGAUUGCGAGACUAGCACAGGGAUACAAUAUCCUUACACAACAAGGAGCACAGUUAGUGUAUGACACUGCCUAUUACGGUGGCCAAUGUGAAUCUGUCUAUAAUGGAGAAUGGCGAGAGCUGAAGUAUGACGCUACAUGUGAACAUUUGUAUUAUGGGGACGAUGAGAAAUAUUUCCGAAGGCCAUACAAUGUCCACUACUAUCAAUUUCUAGCACAUGCUGACACAGGUUUCUCUUCAGAGUAUUUUGAUGAUGCCAAGGAUUUACUGAAUGCCAUUAAGAGGGACACCUCUUGGAAUGCUGGCUUCACAUUUGGAAUCAGCCCUCCUAAAGUACCUGUCUCCUUGGAAAUAGGCUUUAAGCUUUCCAAGGGUAAAGGGACCCUGAAGAAUAUCACAGAGUACGAGUCUAAGAAUUUAGCAUUUGUUAGAGUCCGUACCAAAGUACAAACAGCCCGUUUCAAGAUGAGAAGAACUGAUAUAGUCCUGGAUGAAGAUAUGUUCCAGUCUCUGAUGGAUCUUCCAGAUCAAUACAACUAUGGAAUGUAUUCCCAGUUUAUUAAUACUUAUGGCACUCAUUUCAUGACAUCUGGGACCAUGGGAGGCAUCUUUGAAUACAUCCUCGUGAUUAACAAAGACAAAAUGCUUAAAGAAGAACUUUCAAAGGAAUCAGUAAACAGCUGUUUUGGUGCCUCAAUAGGCAUAAACGUUCCUCUUCAAGAGACUCUUAAUGUAAAAGCCAAAGUGUCAUUUGAUCAGUGUUCGAAAGAUGCAAGCAGAGAUUUUGAUUCUACCAGUAGCAACUCAGCCAUUGAGGAUAUUAUUCCCCUAGUUCAAGGGGGAGACGCAGCCUCGAUUGGAAGGCUCAUGGAAGGCUCAAGUGUGAAUGCAUACCGUUACUGGGGGAGGUCAUUAAAACUUAAUCCCGCGGUUAUUGAUUUUGAGUUAAUGCCCAUCGAUGAAAUACUACGCAGGACCAACCUUCAGCACAUGGAAGUUAAAAGAAAAAACAUGAAAAGGGCUCUGGAUGAAUACAUGACAGAGUUCAAUGCCUGCCGUUGUGGUCCAUGCCAGAACAAUGGUGAACCAAUGAUGGUGGCAACCACCUGUGACUGUGAGUGCCAGAAAGGUGCCCAGGGCCCAGCAUGUGAGAACACACAGCGGGCAGGUCGCCCAGAGCAUGGUAGCUGGAGUUGCUGGGCUCCAUCGACAUCUUGCCAAGCUGGAACAAGAAGGCGUACCAGACAGUGUACAAACCCAGCUCCUAGUAAUGGUGGACGAAUGUGUGUUGGCAAGAGUGAACAAGUGGUAGCCUGUUAACAGUCUGCUAAGAGUGGAAGGAAGAGCCAUGUUGCCAAACAUCAACAUGUGGGACAGGCCUCAGAUUCAAGCAUAGCAACAAAAUAACAUUGUGCCAUAAAUAUCUGUAAUAAAGGCAGGGAAUGUACCAAAAUAAGGGGGGUUCAAAUAUAAGGAUUAUUAUUACAGGAGCUAGAUGCAUAAUCAUGCCAACCAUAGGUGGGAUCUCUGGGGAUCAUUUCAUCGAUGGAAGUCACGGAGCCACAAGGGAUCGUUUCCCUUCCACCCUUAACUACCUGUGGAUCUCUAAAAUUUCCUCAGGAGGGUCAGGAAUGCCUCCUAGCAGGUUUUGGGGUUGUACAGAGAGCUGCAAGGAGACAGGAAAGAAAGGCUUGUCAUGCUUUUCGGCUUCCACUAACACCACAUUGGAUUUAGGCAUAUGCUGCGACUUGUUGUGCUUAAAUUUGUAAUGAAAAGGGAAGACAGUCUUGCUCCAAAGGCAAAUCUGAAGGUACAUCUGUAUGGUGAACACUGCUGGCCUGUGGCCUCAGUGACGGAUACUUAAUCAAGGUUGCUCAAAAAAAAUCUUUCCAUGUGUAUCUGUAUUAAUAAAGUAGAAGCUGUUUGUGUC